AUGGCUUUCAUCACUUUCACACCUGCGUCCCUGUCUUCCAUCCGCAGCCAAUCCCUCAAUGGAUCUCCCCUCUGUUCCCGUCGUGUCUUCGCAGGCGCCUCCGUGGCUGCCGUCACCCCCGUUCGCUUCGGUGCCUCUUCUAUUGACAUGAAGCUGCGCGUUGCCGUCGUUGGCGGUGGUCCGGCCGGCGCCUGCGCCGCCGAGACUCUGGCCGAAAGUGGUAUUGACACAUACCUCUUCGAGCGCAAGAUGGACAACUGCAAGCCCUGUGGUGGUGCCAUCCCCCUUUGCAUGGUUGACGAGUUCGAUCUUCCAGUUGACAUCAUUGAUCGCAAAGUUCGCAAGAUGAAGAUGAUCUCCCCCACUAACGUGGAGGUUGAUGUCGGGAAGACUCUCAAGCCGCAUGAAUACAUCGGUAUGCUCCGAAGAGAAGUACUGGACUCCUUUUUGAGGGAUCGUGCCGUCAGCCUAGGUGCCACAUCAGUCAAUGGCCUUGUCACCAAGUUGGACAAGCCCACCACCCCCGACGGCAAGUACACCCUCCACUAUUCGGACUACGCCGAGACGGUCGAGGGAAAAUCUCCUUCGAAAAGCUUGGACUUCGAUGUUAUCAUCGGUGCUGAUGGCGCGAACUCUCGCGUCGCCAAGGAAAUCGACGCUGGUGAUUAUAAUUACGCCAUUGCUUUCCAAGAGCGAAUCAAGAUUCCGGACGAGAAGAUGGCCUACUAUGAAGAACUCGCCGAGAUGUACGUUGGCGAUGACGUCUCGCCCGACUUCUACGCCUGGGUGUUCCCGAAGCACGAUCAUGUCGGUGUCGGAACUGGAACUGUCAUCAACCGACCGAAGAUCAAGCAGUACCAAAAGGCCAUCCGUGACCGUGCCGCAGUACGGCUUGAGGGAGGCAAGAUCAUCAAGGUUGAGGCGCACCCGAUCCCGGAACAUCCCCGGCCACGCCGCGUCCAAGGGCGUGUGGCCCUGGUCGGAGACGCCGCUGGUUACGUGACCAAGUGCUCCGGAGAAGGCAUCUACUUUGCUGCCAAGAGCGGCCGCAUGUGUGCUGAGGCUGUCAUCGCCGCCAGCAAAAACGGCGAAGUUGUUCCGACUGAGAAUGACCUUAAGAACCGAUACCUCAAAGUUUGGGAUAAGAAGUAUUGGGCUACAUACAAGGUUCUCGACAUUCUCCAGGCCAUUUUCUACCGUAGCGAUCCCGCUCGCGAGGCAUUCGUGAAGAUGUGCGGUGAUGACUACGUCCAGCGUGUCACCUUCGACUCAUACCUGUACAAGACUGUUACAACUGUAUCUCCUGUCGAUGACAUCAAGCUUCUCUUCAGGACCGCCACCUCCCUGUUGCAGGAGAACCUUAAGGAAACUGCGGACAUCAAGAAGCCUGUAGCAACUCUCAAGUAGAUCAGUAGUAAUGGGUUUGAAACGUCGAUGUCCACUGCCCUCCGGCAUGUACUCUCAAAUGCCGUGAUAUUUUUGUACCGAUACUUUACUAAAACAAUUUCUUCCACCAAA